AUGGCAAACACAAAGGUCAACAAAAAAGUCACCUCCUUCACGGAUGCGACACGGGUGACGCCUGUGGCUGGUACGGACGACCAGUUCGAGGCGACGAUCCAGUGGGACUGGUGCGGCGGGCUACACGCGCACGGCGGCCUCACGCUCAGUCUCAUCUUCUCCACCGUCCGCGCAUUCUUUCUCCGCAAAUACCCAUCCACUCCACAACCAGACCCCAUCAACAGCGACAUCCAUUUCAUCCAACCCGCUCCACAGGGCCGCGUGGUACUCACUGUCACAGAAUUGAGUCACGCAAAACGCUAUUCUACCGUCGAAGUCAAACUCCGCGAUCCUGCCGGCACGAUAUGUACGUCCGCAACGGUGAUCCAGGGUAAUCUGGCGACGGAAGAUGGGCCUUCGAUCGCCGUUCCGCCGGUAAUGACCCCGGCCGAGAUACCAGAUAGAGAGCGCGACUGCGAUCAAUGGAUUCGAAGUCCGUUGUUGGUGAAGCUUAUGCCUGUGAUUAGCAAGAUGCGUGUGCUCAAGCGCAAAGAGGCCAAAACGCAGUUCUGGAGCAGGAAGGGGGAGGCUGGGUUGAAUACAAAGGAGACGUGGGUACGGUGGGAAGAUUUAGAUCAGAAGUUGGACGUGAUCAGUCUGGGUGUUGUGUGCGAUAAUCUCCUCCCAGCUCCUCUCAACUACGAUCCUACCAUGGCCAAUCUCAGCAAAUACGUCUUUCCUACCAUGUGCAUGUCGGUUGAGAUCAAGAAAGACCCGAAAGAUGCCGAGUGGCUCUUUCUAGAGAUUGUGUGCCACAGUAUCCAAAACGGACGGUACGAUACUGACGUGCGUGUCUUGGAUGAGAACGGUGAUUUGGUAGCCUUGGGCAGACAUGUCUCUGUCAUGGCGGAGAUGAAACGUACAAAAGCUAGUAAGAUUACAGUAGGGGAUGAGUUUGCUAAGUUAUGA